CUCGCCAGUGUUUAAAUUUACUCGUGUUAUUCGCCAACACAGCUGAGGCGGUAAUGCUCCUUUACGUUGGUUGCCAACCGCCGUUAAACACAAAGAAGAAGAAGAAGUGAAGAAGCCAACACAGCUGACGAGGUCUGGUAUGGCUGUUCGGGGAGGAUGUGGGUUCAGGUCGGAGAUGGCCCCUCUGCAGUAGCUGUGUGUUGUGGACAGCUGGUCCUGGCAGUCCUGUAUGGCGUGCCCGGUCCAGUUCCUGUGCAGGGGGCUGCGCACUGUUGGAUUAGUUCUUCUCUACUAUGUCUUCUCUAUAGGCAUCACAUUCUAUAACAAAUGGCUAAUGAAGGGCUUCCAUUACCCCCUCUUCAUGACUUUAGUUCACCUCACCAUCAUCUUCUGUCUGUCAGCUCUGACACGACAGGCUGUGCAGUGGUGGACAGGGAAACCUCGUGUUACUCUGAGGUGGAAAGAGUACCUCAGAAAAGUAGCACCCACAGCCAUCGCAACAGCGCUGGAUAUCGGACUUUCCAAUUGGAGCUUCCUCUUCAUCACCAUUAGCCUGUAUACCAUGACCAAGUCCUCAGCAGUGCUGUUUAUCCUGUUUUUCUCUCUGGUCUUUAAACUGGAGGAGCCGAACCCAUUUCUGAUCCUGGUGGUCCUGUUGAUCUCCUGCGGUCUCUUUAUGUUUACCUUUGAGUCGACCCAGUUUAACCUGGAAGGCUUUAUUCUGGUGCUCCUAGCAUCCUUCAUAGGGGGGAUUCGAUGGACCCUCACUCAGGUCCUCACGCAGAAAGCCGAGCUGGGCCUUCAAAACCCAAUAGAUGCCAUGUACCACCUCCAACCUCUCAUGUUCCUUGGGCUCUUUCCCCUCUUCCUGUUUAAUGAAGGGCUGAGCCUCAGCACCUCAGAGAAGUUAUUCCGGGUGACGGAGCUCUCGCCUCUCCUGUAUUCCCUCUUCACAUUAAGCAUCGGCGGUUCACUGGCCUUUGGUUUGGGCUUCUCUGAGUUUCUGCUGGUCUCCCGAACCUCCAGCCUCACCUUAUCCAUAUCAGGGAUCUUUAAGGAAGUGUGUACUCUGCUUUUAGCCACUUUUCUGAUGGGAGACAAAAUGAGUAUGCUUAACUGGCUGGGAUUCGCUGUGUGUCUGUGUGGUAUUUCAUUACACGUGGGACUCAAGACAUAUUAUUCCAAAAAUAAGGGUCUUUCUUUAAGGCAGCUCAAGAGUAAGAGCCCAGAACUCGAGCUGCCGUUACUGCAGCGAAAUGGGGAUGAAAAUAAGGACUCGGCUACUGAUGAAUGUGAUGAUGAAGAAGAAGAAGAGAUCACUCUAAUACGACCUGUUGAGAGGGAGCAGGCUUCAGAGUUGAGCAGAAACCUGCGCAUGUUGACAUCCCGCCUCUGGAAUGCAGUGCGGAAUAAACUGGACUCACCGAACCGCCAGGCUCCACUCAUGUCUCCUCACCUCCUUGCUACUUCAUUGUCGUCUUCCUGGCUAAUGCCAUUUUUCCUGCUCAGUGUCCUGCUGAUGUCUGCUGCUGUCAAUGGCCAAGGUCGUCUUAAGCUGACGGUUCUGUCUGAAGACAGACUGCAGAUGAAGUGGAAGGAGGCUGAUGGGCCCGUGCAGGGUUACAAGGUCAGAGUGAGACCGAUUUCAGAGGUGCCACAGCCAGAGCUCAUGUUGACUACCACCCGGGGCCGGGCAACAGUGGCAGGUCUGGACUCCAGUCAGGAAUAUUUCCUCCAGGUCCUUGUGCUCAAUGGGACGACAGAGAAACUUCUUGCAAAGAGACGAUUCACAAUGCAGACUCUGCGGGAGGAGGAGAUGAUCCGCAGUGGCACCAGAGAGCACAGGAAGAAGUUGUUGCCAGGUGGGUCAGGAUUAGGAGAACUGGAAGAUGCAACAGAGGCUCUGCUGGAUGUACCAACAGUUCUGUAUCCGGAGCCUACGCCCACCACUCCUGCCUCUGCCAGUACUACAGAGCCUCCAGCUACAGAAACCCCCUCUGAACUCCCAGAUAAGACCCCUGAGAAAAGUGGCAAAGAGAAGAGGAAGAAGAAGAAAGAGCGGGAUCGUUCCAAGAUGGAGAACAAGGAGGAGCAGGGAACAACACAGGGUAAACCAGCUCAGGAGAAACCCAGAAAGAGCCCAUUUCCUACCCAGCCAGGCAUGUCUUCAAGGAAACCAUUUGAAUGUGCGAGCGAUGCAGCCGCAGACAUCGUGUUGUUGGUGGACGGCUCCUGGAGCAUCGGACGCCUUAACUUCAGACGUGUCCGAGACUUCUUGGAGGGCCUAGUGACACCUUUCCACAUUGGACCGAAUCACAUUCAGAUCGGACUGACACAGUACAGUGGAGACCCACGCACAGAAUGGCACCUCAACAACUUCACCACUAAAGAGCAGCUGUUGGAGGCAGUGAGGAACUUCAGAUAUAAGGGAGGAAACACAUUUACAGGUCAGGCACUACUCCACGUCAUGGAGGAGAACAUGAGGUCCAGUGCGGGUGCAAGAUCUGACACUCCGUUUUUUCUGGUGUUGUUGACUGAUGGGAAAUCUCAGGAUGAUGCCAUUGCUGCAGCCAACCGGCUAAAAAAUGCAGGCAUUGAAAUCAUCGCUGUAGGUGUAAAGAAUGCUGAUGAAGCGGAGUUGAGACAAGUGGCCUCAGAGCCAGUGGAUCUGAAUGUCUACAAUGUCAAUGACUUCCCUCUGCUCAGCAAGCUGGUGGCACGGCUGGUCCACAUACUGUGCGGGAGGAUAGAGGAGCGCGGCAUCACAAAGCGAAUGGAGCCUGGUCCCACAGCAGAUCCGGCCCUCUCCUACCCCAGUCCUACUGAUCUCCGGUUUUCAGAACUUGGAUUCAGAGAGGUGAAGCUUCACUGGACCAAUCCUGUGAAGCCGGUCCAACAGUACAGAGUUGUGUACCACAGUGCUGAGAGUCAGAGUCCACAGGAGGUGGUGUUACCCGGCUCAGAAUCUGUUGUGUUGCUGGAAGGCCUCUCCUCUCAAACUCUGUACCACGUCUCCAUCUUUCCUGUGUAUGAGGACAACGUAGGCUUAGCGCUCAGAGGGACUGUCACAACAUUGCCUCUGGCCAUGCCGGCCAACUUGAAAGUGACUCCUUCAUCUUAUAGCACGUUGCGAGUGAGUUGGGGUGCUGCACCCGGCGCAACACAGUACUUGAUCCUGUACUCAGCACUCAGCCACGGAGAGCCUGAUGAUGCCAAAGAGGAGAAAUUCGGUGCAGAACAAACUGUGGUGGAGCUGGCAGGAUUACUGCCGGCCACAGACUACUCUGUCACUCUUUAUGCGCUUUAUGAGGAGGAACCCAGCGACCCUGUCACUGCUGUUACCACCACAUUCCCCCUCCCAACACCACUGAGUGUUCAGUUCCCGAUGGUCACCCACAGUAUGAUGAGAGUGAGCUGGGUGCCCGGGGCUGGGGAUGUCCCCGGCCAUAGAAUCACCUACAGCACCAACCACGGCAGUGAUGUCAAGCAGGUGGAAGUGACAGGAGUGAACUCAGUGCUGGUGCAGAACCUUUCCUCUCUUUCCAGAUACCUCAUUUCUGUUCAGUCUCACUACGCACAAGGCCUGUCUGCAGCACUCACCAGUAACGUCACCACACUGAAGGUGCCUCCUCCUUCAGACCUUAGGGUAACUAAUUUCUCAGACAGUGACAUCACGGUGCGCUGGGAAGCUGCAGCUGAUGAUGUUGUUUCUUACCUCAUUAAGUGGAUCUCCCUAAGUGGAGGCGACCUGAGACAGCUGCGUGUGAGUGGUGACAGUGAAGGAGCAAUUCUUGUAGGGGUGGAGGAUGAUAAGGAGUAUCAGAUUUCACUGUCUGCACUCUAUGGAGAUGGAGCUCAGAGUGAAGCUGUGGCCAUACGCUAUAGCACCUCAUCUGGUGGAGGCCCAACCAGCCUCACGGUUUCUGAUGAGACUGCCCUCAGCAUGGUGAUCAGCUGGGUACCUCCCAAUGCUCAUGUCCUCCAGUAUCGUGUGUCCUACACAGCAUUGACUGGAGCUGAUAGCCAGGAUCACACUGUGCUGGUCCCUGGUGGAGAGAAGCAGGUGAUGCUGGAGUCAUUGCAGCCAGAUACACGUUACAGCAUCUUGGUCACCGCUGAGUACCGCAACAGAGAAGGAGGCAGCGGUUCAGCUCAGGGCAAAACUGCCACUUUGCGGGUAAGCAGUGUGAGUGUGGUCAGGUCAGACCACUCCAGUAUCUGUGUGUCAUGGAGACCAGUAUCUGCCGUUGAUGGAUAUGGUAUUGUAAUCCAGGAUGUAAAAGACAAGCAAUCAAAGCAAGAAGUUGUGAGUGAGUCCAGCAGAAGCCACUGUUUCACUCAUCUGGAACCUGAGACUCUGUAUCGCAUCAGCGUGCACUCUCUUCUCGGCUCAGCAGAGGGCCCGGCAGUCUCUAUCCUCCAUCCCACAGCUGCAGCUCCAGCCCGAAUUCCCAUCCAUCCCCGGAUGUACCCUAUCCACAAUGAAGUGUGCCCUGAAGUCACCAUCAGAAACAGCAUUGUUAAAGGGUUCAACAUGAUGGAAGCCUUUGGUCUGACUCAGAGAGCUCACUCAUCGGUGGAGGGAGUGGCAGCCGAGCCUUUUGUCUUCAACACGCUCCCCACCUACACUCUGUACAGAGACGUCCAACUGACACAGAGCACCAAGUUUAUCCACCCAGCAGGUUUCUCCCCAGAGCACACCAUCAGCAUUGCCUUCCGAAUGCUGCAGGAUACACCCAGGGAGCCUUUUGCUCUCUGGCAGCUCACAGACAAUGACUUCCAGCCAAAGAUGGGAGUGGUGAUUGACCCCACCACCAAGCACCUGUUAUACUUCAGUCUGGACUACAGAGGUGAAGUGCAGGAGCUGACCUUUGACCAGCCACAGGUCCACAGGCUGUUCUAUGGCAGUUUUCACAAGGUUCACCUUUCUGUUAGCCAGGUGAGUGUAUCCUUGUCUGUGGACUGUCAGCACGUGGGUGAGAGGCCAGCCCGUCCUCUAGGCAACCUGCCCACUGAUGGAUUUGAGAUGCUGGGAAAACUGGUGAAGACCCGAGGACCUAACAGUGGCUCAGCCCCGUUUCAGCUGCAGUCUUUUGAAAUAGUCUGUAACACCACGUGGGCUUCAGAGGAUACCUGCUGUGACCUGCCUGGAGUGAGAGAUGAGGAGAGCUGCCCUGCCCCUGCAUACAGGUGUACCUGUUCCUCUGACGUCCCUGGAGCUCCUGGUCCCCCUGGACCACCUGGGAAGCCAGGCCCUCGUGGCGAAAAAGGUGAAAAAGGAGAGCAUGGCCAAAAGGGAGAAGUAGGUCCUCCAGGAAAUCCUGGACUUGAGGGAGGCCUUGGACCUGUGGGCAGCAUCGGGCCGCGAGGCAUUACAACGCAGGGCAAAAUGGGUCCACCAGGAGCAAGGGGAGAGAAGGGAGAUCCUGGGCGACCGGGACUGCAGGGGGUACCAGGACCUCCAGGUCAAAAAGGGGAGGAGGGAAUCGCAGGUGCCAAGGGCAUCAGAGGUGUGGAAGGUAACAUCGGCGCACCUGGCGUCACUGGACCCAGGGGUUUCCAAGGAAUGCCAGGAUACCCAGGGCCUAUAGGAGAAAGGGGCCCCCCAGGUCCUGUGGGACCUACGGGCUUGCCAGGUAAUAAAGGGGAAAGAGGAGAAAAGGGAGAACCUCAGUCCAUGGCUAUGAUCUACCAACUGGUCACACAGGCCUGUGAACAACUAGUACAUAAGGAGGUGUUAAAGCUCGACAUGUUCAUUAAUGAGAUCGGUCGUAAGCCAGUUCCAAUUGAAGAGCCAGUGGGGCCUCCAGGGGAACCAGGAAUACCAGGGCCCAAGGGCCCACCGGGUGCCAGGGGCUCCCAGGGUCGUGUAGGCCCAAGGGGAACACCUGGCAGGCCUGGAUAUCCAGGAGAGCAAGGAAGGAAAGGUGCGCCGGGGGAUAAAGGUGAUGCAGGGUCCAAUGUCCAGGGUCCCCCAGGGGUCAAGGGAUUAGCAGGACCUCCUGGUGAGUCUAAGCUGGGAAUCCCAGGUCCCAAAGGGGAAAAUGGUAAGCCGGGGCCAUCUGGGAUCUCCGGAACACCGGGUCAGCCGGGCGAGAUUGGACCACCGGGUGUUUGUGACAACAGCGGAGGCUGCCGCAUGAUUCCCCAGCAAACAGAAGACUCUUAUGAUGACUACCAGCCUUGAGUGGAGAAAACAUGCAGGAGGCAGUGGUAAGGUGACUGACAUCUGUAGGAAAUGACGGGUUCAUUUGGAAGUGAGCAAAAGACUGACAUUGGCGGUUUGAAGAGGUUUGCUGCAUUGAAAAGGAAAAUAGUAAGGGAAGAUUGUCUUUCUCUUCUCUUAUUAAAAUCUUCACUCAUGUUUCAAAUCAGCUAAGAAAUUAUUCACUUAAGAACAAUUAGGAAGCUUUCUCAUACAAAACCUACCAGUUGAUGGAUGGCUUCAUAAGAGAUCUUUUCCCAGUGGAAUCUGUAAAGUGUUGCCUUAAACAAUGUAUUCGCACUGAAACCUUUGUUGCCGUGUUUCUGUAUUCAUGCACUGUAUCAAUGCCAAAUAGUUUAGCUGCAUAUGUUAUUUUCUGUGUAUUUCAUUUGCCAUUCUAACCUUAACUGCCUCAAGAAGAAUGAAAUUGCAUAAUCCAUGGUGGAAAAGCUUCUUUUUCUUCCAUGGUAUAAAUGAUGCUGUGAGAAUGUUUCUUUCCACGUGUAUGAUAAUUGUUGUAUUGUUAAUUGUAUUAACUGUAUCUGGAUAUCCAUGUUUAUUUUAAACUGUAUGAAUUCUAAUUGCUUAUUCGUGUUUACAUUUAAUGAUUUCCAAAGCUUUGAUGACAAGAAUUUGUUUGUGUAUAAAAGAAAGAGAAAAACAGUGUAGGAUAAUAUUUCUUAUGGUGUAUGUUUUUGGAUGGUUUUUCUAUGUUUUUUUUAAUCUUGUUAAUAAAAUGUAUAAAAAUGUGUGUAAUUAAUCACAAUGUGUUAGUAUGU